CUUACAACCACGGGAGAGAGCAGCAGCAGCAGUGUCUCCGUGCAUAGAAAGCUAGAGGCCCCAGAACUGAUCAGUCAAGUUGACAGUGAGCUGCUCAGCUCUGGUGUGGCCAUUCUACCUGGUUGCACAGAUGAGGAGGGCAGGAAUCUGGUGUACAUUUUCACCUGCAGCAGUUUGUGGCAUGAGAGGAGGGUGUCCAGUACAGAGCUGGCUAGGCUUCUGAUGUAUUACUACACUGUGCCAAGGAAGAAACCACGCCAAGAAGGAAUGGCGAUUGUAGCAGACAUCAGGGGUGUUACUCCAUCUACCGUGAAUGUUCUUUUGGAAGCUUUGAAUCUGCUCCAGGAAAAUAUCCCAGGAUGUGUGGCUGUUGUCCACCUGUUUGCUGACAAAAAUGCACAGUCCUGUGUGAUCAAGUCUCCACUUUAUGAUGCUAAGUCUCAUGUUAAU